AUGUGGAGUCCCGAGGCGGAUUUGGUCGCGUCGCCGCCGGAGCCUGAUGAGUGGGUGGACUCGCCGGGGGCGGGCAGCGAGGUGUCGCGCAGCCAUUGGAUGCCGGAGGAGGCGUUCAAGCGCUGCACCAAUCCCGCAUGCGGAAAGGAGUUCACGCAGCGCCGCCGCAAGCACCACUGUCGGUGCUGCGGCAACGUGUACUGCAGCAAGUGCACCGGCUACGUGCUGCCGCUCAACCCGCUCAGCGCCAUGAUCGAGGCGGGAGGGGUGAAGGCCAAGGUCUGUGAGCUGUGCUACGAGCGUGCAGUGGACGAGGGGUAUGCGGAGAGCACCGGCAGCGAGGGCGACGGUGAAGCACACGGCAGUGUGGUCAGCGCACAGGGGUAUGACGAAGCCGAGUCCCCUGCUGCCGCACCUGCUGACAGCCUCACACACGCGUCAGCUGCUAAGUCAGGCCCCUCAGACUUGGCUGCGGAGCAAGCAUCCUCCCCCAACUCCAUCCUCUCCUCCUCCCCUUCCUCCUCCACUGCCACCCCUGCUGCCGCCACCGCCAACAGCAGCGACGGCAGCAGCAGCACCUCAGCGCCACCCCCCUCCUCCUUCGACUCAGCCAUCCCGCGCCCCUCCAGCGCCGGCCCCUCCACUCUCUCCGACCGCCUCUCCCACGCGCGCCCGCCUUCCUCCCUAGAGGAGGACAUAUUCGGCUCCCGCCCUCGCCUGCGCGCCGCUGUGCUGCAGGACCACCGCCCGCACUCCAGUGGAGGGCGUGUUGCUUCCUCCGCCUUCCCCCGCUUCAACUCCAUUUCCGGUGCUGCCAGCACACAUGGCAGCGGCACCGGGGGUGCUGGUGGGAAUGGGAGCAUCAGUAUCGGUGGGGUUGGCAUGGGGGGCAGUGGGGCAGUGGCGGCAGCGGGGAGCUGUUUCUCCGCAGCGUCACUCUCUCUGCAUCGCACGAGCGGGCGACAAGGGCAGCUGGGAGGCAGGGGCGCUGCAGCAGGCGCGUGGGCAGCCGCGGAUAGAGCAGCCGCCGCAGGCCCACAGCAUUUGGACCUGGCGGGGAGUGGGGGGAGUGGGGGGAGCGUGGGGGGAACGGGAGGGGGGAUGGGCAGUCGAGUGCCACUAGGGCUGCCUCCCAGGGCGGAUGCGAGGCAGAAGCAGCAGCAGCAGCAACAGCAGCAGGGGGAGGGCAGCAGGGGUGGCAGCGGGGGGAGCAUGCGGGGGGGAACAGCGGGGCCGGGGAACAAGAUAGGGCUGUCUCUCGACCUGCUGGCUAAGAUGAACUUCCCCUCUCAGCCCUCCCCUUCUCACCCGUCCCCCUCCUACCCCUCCUCCGCACAACCUUCCCCCUCUCUCUCAUCCGAACCUUCCUGGAAACGACCUUCUCCACUUCAUUCCCCCGCCUCCGCGAUUAUGUCCCCCCAGCCCUUCUCCCCCUCCCCCUGGGCGCAGCCUGGGCGCGCCAGGGGGGCCAGGGAGAGCGCGGAUGUGCUGGUGAUUGCGGACAGGGGGGCGGAAUUGGAGGCGGAGGGGGAAGGGGAUUGGGACUCUGAGGGUUUGGGAAUGUUGGGAGGGGGAAGACAAGCCAUGGGGGAGAGAGGGGCCGGGGAGCAGUUACGGGGAGGGCAGGUUGGUGGGGUGAGUGUGGAGGAGCAAGAACGGGAGGCGAGAGAGCGGGAGGAGCGGGAGAGGGAGGCUCGGGAGAGGGUGGAGGGGGAGCAGAGGCGGAGGGAGGAGCUAUACGAGGAGCUGGGGGCGGGGCUGCUGCUGGAGUCCCCCUCGGCGCAUGUGAAGGGCGCUGUGAAGAGCGUGCAGCUGCACGACCUGCUGGCCGCCUGGGAGAAGGGCGAGAGUGUUCUCGACUCCACCACCAGCACUGUCUCGCCCCUGCCUGCCGUCUCACCCCUGCCCACCACGGCCUCUCCGCUCACGCUGCUCGCCUCCAUCUCGCACCGCAUGGGCCUCGCUGCUCCACCCGCCCCACCCGCCCCUGCCUUGGAGCAACUCGGCGAGGCCAGGGGCGAGAAGGGGCACAAGGAGGCAGGGGAGGCAGCAGCAGGGGGGGGGCGAGGCGCUGGACGAGGUGAAGCGCAGCCUCGCCGCCUCCAUGGGCGCUGCUGGGGGGGGGGAGAGGCCCGCACUGCUGCCUCGGGCGGUGCAAGUGGCGCGCCUCAGGAGUCCAACCCCCCCGACGCCAAGGCACCUGGGACGGUAGCGCCCGGUGCAAGUGGCGGGGCAGCGGCUGAGUCGUCUGCGUUGGCUGUGCGGGCAGCGCCAGCGUCGCUGCUGCAGUGGUCGUCCAGCGACGUGCUGCACUGGCUGCGCUCCUCCGUGCCCUUCCGCUCCGCCCCCGCUGCACACUAUGCCGCCGAUUUCGAGAAAGCGGGGGUGGAGGGGAUCACACUGGUGGGCAUGACACGUGGCCACCCUGCAUUGGCCAACAUGCGCCCCGCUGACCUGGUGGCGUUCGAGAUGGCGAGUCAGGUGGAGCGCCGGCGAGUGGUGGCGGUACACGCAGCAGGGCAGCCCGCAUCAGAGCUCGGCCCUCGGCCUGCCACAGCAGUGGGAGUCACAGGGAUGGACUCGCAGCAGCUCAGGCCUGGACAGGCGGGGCAGGCGGGGCAGCAGCAGCAUGCGAAGCUGGUGCCACCGCGGCAGUUCCGUGCUCUGCAUCUGGACGGAUUCUCCUCUGCCAGCUCACGGGCCACCACCCCAGCAGACACACCUCACUCCACAGACUCCCGCAUUCUCAACCCCGUCCCUGCCCGCCCUGCCACUGCUGCUGCUGGCAGCGGCGGUGCAGGGGGGCAGAAGAAGGGGGCAGUGAGCAGUGCCGGGGGCAGCGGGUGGCUGUUUGGGUGGAGCAGUGGCGCUGCCAAGGACAGCCCCGCCAGUGCGGAGGCGGUGGAGGUACGGGAUGAGGUGGCAGCAGCAGAGGAGAGGGAACAGACAGCCAAAGCCAAGCUGUCACAUCUGGAUGCCAUGCUCAAGCGAGCGCUGCUUGUGGAGUAUCUGCACACACGCCAGCGGUGGGCGCCCAUGGGGGGCGAGGGCCCUUUGCCAGUGGACGACCCCGAGGCAGAGGAUGAGUGGCUGCCACGCUUCGUUACGCUCUCUGCCAACGAGGUCUCCUGCUACCGCCAGGCCUCAGACCUGGACCCCGAGGUGAGCAUUCCCCUUGACAGCGUGGCGGCAGCAGGGACACUGGAGGCGGGGGGGGAGGCGGGGGAGGAGGCGGAGGACUGGCUGGUGUUCCACCUCACCACGGGGUACGGGCUGCGCCUCGAGUGCGCCACUCGCAGCCGUGUCAAGCUGCAGCUGUGGCUUGCAACCAUUCAUGAGGCGGUGGAGAAUGUUGCGAUGAGGAAGCAAAGAGGAAGGCCGAGAUCCGCAGCUAGUGGAGGUCGCUGA